ACAGGACGUCAUCUCCGUUAGAGCAUAAAAACAAGUGCGCAGUGAAAAGAGUUUCGUACUUUCUUUGUAGUUUCUCUGGACAGUUACGAAAAUGGUGCAGCAACUCUCCAAAUCUGGAGCGAAGGAGACUCCUCUGCUGAAAGCUGGUCACCCUCCGGCAGUGAUGGCAGGAGGUAAACGGGUAGCCAAGAAAAGCUUGGAGGAUGGUUCUAGCCAUGGAAUUCCAGAGAAGGAGACCAAGAGGUCUGAUAAACUGAGCAGGUCCCUCACUACCUCUAACAGGAUGCAACAAGUUAAUAUUCUUCUGGCAGGAACUCUUGACAAACUGAGCCAUGACUUCACGGAGAUGCCAGUGAGCGUGAGGCACAGCAAGUUGCGCCCUGCAGUGGAGAAGCCCCACUGCCCGCGGAUCUUUUUCAUCCAGCAGCCGAGGAAGUUUUGAACGACGUGUUCAAGAAUGACCCAGAGGCAACCAUGUCAAGUCAACUGUGAAAGACAGACAUGAGGCGUUAGACACGAGGGGACUGACAUGUUGUGUAUAAAGUGUCAGUGUUUAUGGAGAGACUUACUUUGUAGGCUGUUCUUGUUUGAGAGAAUACUAUCAACCAGCAUUUAAUGUGCCUUUCCUUGUUAUAAAAAAUGCUGUACUUGUAUUUCCCAGCUGAUGAAAACCAGAUUGUUUGGGGUAAGUUUAAUGUGAGGGUUGGGGGUUAAGUGAGGUUUUUGAGAUGGGGUUUUAUUUUUUAUUUUUUUUUCUUUCAGUGAAAUCUUCACAUGUAUUGCUUGGCACUUAAUAGAUUUAAUAAAAAGAAAUUGCAUGGCUAGAUAUCA